UGGGCUCCGCCCACUGGCGGCCAUCUUGACUACUGGCAAAGUCUGAGGAGGCACCCUCAGAAAUGGAGGCGCUUGUGUUGGCUUCCAAACAGGACGAGCCCGGGAAAGAGUGUCCACGUCGCAGAAAGAAAUAGCCUGUGCCAGACUGACUUCGGAAAAGUUGCUUCAGUGGCGUCCAGGGUCGCGGUUGGGAGAUUGGAUGGAAGGUUAUGUGAACAUGCGCAGUCACCUCGUUUUGCCUCCAGUUCCCGCUCAAAGUGACUAAACAGUGUGAGCACGCGCAGUCGCCACGUCUGGCCUUCCUAGUCCGGUUCCAGCGCGGCGUGGAGAGGGCGGACUCAGGUUUCUACUUCUGCACUGCGCAAGGCUGCCGGUAGAUGCGACUGACAGGUUUUACGCAGUUGGUUAGGAGCCCUUUGUGAUUAGAGCCAGGCAGGCCGAAGUCUAUCUCCAGUAUAGACUUCACUCCCCAAUGAGGUAGAAUGCUUGGUGUUGCUAUUUUGUACACGUUAAAGCAGCGAUAUAUGUAUUUAGUGAUAGUGGGAUUGAAUCUAGGGACUUAAAGCUGAACUACAUCCCCAGGGGUUAUUUAUUUCUGAAUUACAUCCCCAAUUACAUCCCCCCUUCUUGGGGGAGGGGGGCAGGUCUCGCUAAAGUGACCAGGUUGGCUUAAACUUGUGACCCUCAUGCCUCAGCCUCCCACAGUGCUAAGAUUAGGGGUGAGCGUCGUCGUCACACCUAGUUUAAGGCAGUUACUUUAAUUAGUGUACUUACUUCGAAAGCUAGUAAUGUCCCCAAAUGGGACAUUUCAGAAAAAACAAAAUUCUGGCAAUUCAAAUGUUUAUAAACACUGAAUGCAGAUCCAGGUAAGGCCUGAAGCCGGAGCUGAACUCCUAGGCCCCAGGAAGGGAAUUUGCACAGUUGCAACCUGAAUUUGAAUUGUGUAGACACCUGGAAGCCAUUCAGCAAUUGCUGUCUUCACUCCCCCGUCCUCUCUAGCCCCUUCUAGUCCAGUGCCCUGUUAGGAGGUAGGAAUUGUCUCUUCUGGGUCGCCUAUGGAAGUAGUUUGGAGGCUCUGCUGAAUCUGCUUCACUGUCUUCUUGGGAUGGAGCCUUUGCAUUAAUCCACCCGGUGCUAACAGACAACUAAAAGCAAGAGAUGCUGCUAUCAGCGCUUCCUGGUUAGCAUCAAGCAGUGUCAAGAGAUUCAGCCCUUGGCUCUCAGCAGGCGACUGCACCAAGGUAACCCUGAGCUUGAGGGAGCCUCCACAGGUUCUAGCACACGGUCAGUAAUAUAAAGUUAAUGUGCAUCUCAUCUGCGACAUCAUUGGUACAGCUAUCAAACCCCUGGCCACUUCCUCUACUCAAAAUGUAGUAGUUAGCAAUUAUUUGCUGUAUUUCUUUGGUCUUCAUGGAGGCCUGUGGCAGUAUGCAUCGUCGCUUUUUACAGACGGGAAGUGCUCAAGUCAGUGCCAAAAGUUAAAAGUUCCUCCCCGUUAUAAGCCACACAAAGCUAUUAACGUAUACAGGAUAUUAACCAGAAAGUAACACUUAACUCUGCUUUAUACGGAUUGCGCCCGAAUAUAAAUUGCAUUCUCUUUAAAAAGUACCAUUCGCCUUCCACAGAUUGCAGCGCUCUGGCCUCGUCUUAGCCGCAGCUGCAGUAACCCGGAGAUCGGGUUCGGCCCUAUCUUGGUUCCACGGCAGAAGCCGGCAGCGUUCCCUAAGUUACAACCUCCUGCCUCAGCAGCUUCCUUGCUGUAGUCUCUUCCCUGUACUGUGGGAGUGGCGGUGCCAGUGCCGCAGCCCUGCGUGCCCGCCUCUGGCGUUGCUGUGGGUUCCUCGUCCGACCGAGCUAGCAGGGCCGAGGGAGCGGCUGCGUGGUCACGUGCGCCCCCUGCUGGUGGUGUGCUGCACCCGCGCUGGCUCCUCGCCCUGCCCCCCUGAAGUCUGGGACUGCGCGCUGGCAACACUCUUGUGGGAUUGUUUCCGACGGAUGAAAAAAAAAGUUGUAAUGCUUCUGUGCGCGGUGCGGUUGGCGGAAACUUCUAGUGACUGCUUCACAAAUCAUGCGUUUGUGGUUUGAAACAAUCCAAUAUAACCACGAAACCCCGCCAGGUGUGGUGGCGCGCAUCGGCACCCUGGCACUUGGAAGGCUGAGGCAGGAGGAUCCUGAGUUUGGGACCAGGCUGGGCUACACGGUGAGUAAUAAAUUCUGCACAGGAUAUAUAUAUAUAUAUAUAUAUAUAUAUAUAUUGUGUGUGUGUGUGCGUGUAAGAAAAGUAAAGUAGACACCGAGGACACUGGGACUAGUGGCGAAGGUGCUGCAGAUUAGCUGUGGAGUGAGCGUGCAGAUCAGGUGCUCAUCAAGCACCCCUGACUGCAGAGAGACUGGAAGACAUGCAAGACCACCCUACACAGGAGAGGCAGCUCACCCAUCGCACUCUACUGUGUCCUAGGCUUUGCGCUUGUUAAUUUCCAGUGACCGUGCCAGAAAAAAGGGAGAAAUUAAAUAAGUGCUACUUGUGGUUAGAAACAGAUGCACAAUGAGUGAAUAAAGUCAGCGUAAAUCCACUGCCAUUUACUGGGGCAAGGUGAGAAAAUCUUGGAAUGUUGUGCUCAUACGUAUUAUUUAUAUUUACUGUAUUAAUUACUGUUUGAUAAUUUGAAAUUUUCAGGUCAUACUAAAGUAAGCUUGGACUUUGUACAGUGAUUUAUUGCCUAAUUCUCCUUCUAGCUGUUCUCUUUUAAUAAAAUAAGGUGAAUGUUUAGCAUUUAAAAGUUUACUACAAGGGCUGGGGAUUUAGCUCAGCAGCAUAAGCGCCUGCCUGUCAAGCGUGAGGUCCUGAGUUCAAUCCCUGGUACUACCAAAAAUAAAAAAUAAAAAAAAUAAAAAAAUUAAAAAAAAAAAAGUUUACUACAGCCAAAGAUUUAGCUCAGUGGCUCAAGCACUUGCCUGAUAAGCACAAGGUAAAGAGUUCAAUCCCUGGUACCCCCCCCAAAAAAAAAAACUCCUAAACAAAUAAAUAAAUAAAAGCUCACUACAAUAAAAUUAAUUUCUCCUCAAAAUGCUCAGCCUCCCAUAGAACAUGUUUAUCACAUCAUUCCUGCCACUUUCUGAAGCAGUUCUGGAACUCGUCUUUCAUAUGUUUAGAAGGUGAGCACAAAAAUACAGCAGAUGCUGCUGCCUGGUGCCAUCACAGAAGGGCAAGCCUGUGAGAACACAGUGUGUCUGGUACCAAGUUCAUUGGAUCUGAUGCGUAAGACUCUUGAGCUUUCCCAAAAUGACCAUGAGAGGGGAAGGUAUGAACAGAUUCAGGAUGCUAAGGCAGCCACAACAGUGCCACUGAAGGCACUCAGCAAGGGACUCCAGAGCCUCUUCAGAGAGCACAAGAAUGACAGGAUAAGUGCCAAGCGAGGGAGAAUGGGUGGUGAGUGGCAAUGUAUUUACUGUACUAAUAAUUUUUAAAAAUUGAAGCAUUCACUGUAUUUUUGUCCCAUACACGGGACAGCUAUUUGCUGUCUUCUUUUAAAACUUGAAGAUUUCAGUGGCAUGACAAGACCAAGGCGGAUGGACACUCCUCUUCCACAAAUGGUUUCUGAAAGCAAACCCGAACAAAAGCAGACCUGGAAGCAAGCCUAACCGAAAGGGUCCGACCAACCCACCGGGAAUCACAUUUCCAGGCCUCUGCAGGCAAAGGUUUUUCCUUUUUAUCGGUGCCGGGGAUCGAACUCACGACUGCCUGCUUGCAAGGCAGGUGCUUAUGCCGCUGAGCUAAACCUCCAGCCCCCAGGCUGUCACUUUUGAGGCACUGGUUCAGGUCAUCUACAGUCCCUAUUAGGGGCUGUGCCCAUCCUCCUCAGUUUCUGUGGGAUUUACUUCUCAGGGCCUGGCCCAUUCCCCAGACCCACAGCGUCCUGGCUUUGAUUGCGAAUUCUUUACUGUACCCACUCCAGGCCUGUGGGUGACCAAGGCAGAGAUUGCCAAGUCCAGACCAAAGUCCUUGGGAGCUGCCUCACCUCAACUCUGGUUGGGGAGAGUGGCAAUUGCUUGGGCGCAGGGAAAGGGUACAUCCAGACCAGGCCAAGGGCCUCAGGCUCUCAAGGAGAGGGCCGGGACCCGGUUCUAGUUCUGUCUACCAGCCCGGCCAGCCCUAUGUGGGUGGGGGCUACAUGCCAGAUAGGUCUGAUCUUGGCCACCCUCCUGGCUGUCUUGUCACUGUCCUUCCUGCCUGCUUCAGGUCUGGGUCUCCAAACUUCCCUACCAUCCUGGUGCUCCCCAGCUUUCUCUCAGCAUUGCCUGUGUUGCUCUAAUCAGCCAGAACUUGGUUUUGUUGCAAUUAACAGCCCAAAGUAAUAUAACUUUCAUUAACUGUCUUUCUUAAGACCUCACUAAGUCCCCAGCAUGCACAAACCCCCAUGUUUAUGUUUUGUUGUUGUUUGGUACCAGGGUUCGAACUUAUGACCUUGUGCUUGUUAGGUAGGCACUUAUGCCACUGAGCUAAAUCCCCAGCCCUUCCCCCAUGUUAAAGUGGUCUAGGAGCUGAAUUGCUUAUCCUGGACUAGAACAUGUGGCCCUUCUGCCUCAGUCUCCCAGAAGGCUGAAAUGGUAGGUAUGUGCCAUCCCCCAGAUGCGGCCUUAUGUGAUGUGAGGAGCUGUUUGUUUUCUCUUUUCCUUUCUGUAAAAGGGAUAUUAUCCUUCUUUUUUCUCUUCGUUUUACAGAAGAGAAUGAAACUUGCUGAGGUUAAGCAGUAGAACUUAACUUUCCUGUUUUACUUUCAGCUUAACCGUGUCUCUGAGACAUACUCCAGAACAAGAAGAUAACUGAAAAAGAAUCAUAAUUUUUAUUCUUUAAAAUUUCUUUUAUCUGAUAUACAGAGGUUUUCAUUUUUUAUAAAAGGCUUCUGGUUACUCUGUUUUACAGUCUGAACCCUGCACUGACGAGUCCCUAGCCACAGAUCUGGGGAUUUGAGUUUGUUUCCUUUGUGGAUUCAGUUUCCUGCCUGUAUCUUCCUGCAGGGCGGUCUGAGUUCUGCACUGUAGGGUGACCUGCAGUGUCCCUGGCCAUGACUCACUGUUCCUUCUCUCUCAUGACAAUUAAAAACGUUUCCAAGAAGGAUGGGGAAAAUAAAGUAGGGAUAGUCCUAGUUUGAUAAUCUGAACCAAGAGUCCAGGCCAAUGUAAUCCAGAUUCAAAGCAGUCACUGAACCUUCUUGUCCCUGUACUGAAAGACUACAUGAGGUUCUGGGUUAGAGGUCGAAGAGUUGCUAGCUAGGUCACUGAGUUCCUAUGCACCAGAAAGACAUCUUACAUUCCUCUGCAUAGAUUCUUACCUGAAGAACCCAAGUAAAAAUACUCAGAUAAGGUGUUGUUAAGUCCUUGGAGAAAAACUAUAGGCCUCUAACUUAGUCUCAAGGACCCACAAAGGCAGGGGCGGGACUUUACACACCAGCCCUCAGUCCCACAUGAAAACUCACAGGCAGCAGAGGCAGCCAGAUGUGGGGCAUCCAUGCAGCUCCGAGGGCCACGCUCCACGCAGCACAUCAGUUCCUCGCACCGCCCGCAGCUGCAGCAAACAGUCCUUGGAGAACUGAGGCCAUGUCUCCCGUCCUUCCUCUCAGAUCAGAGUACUCACAAGACCUGUCUUCCACCUGAAAAAAAGCUGACUUCUUCGCUUAACCUAAAUAAAUGGGCAUAGCUCUCUGCUCCUUUAACACACUCUCAAACUUUCGUUAUCAUAGUUAAUUAUGAUGGUAAAAUUGGGAAAACUUAAAAACCCCAUGCAGAGAAAGUGGUGAAGUUAGGAAUAAUAAUCUUCAUGGAAAAUUAUUCAGACAUUUAAGUUUAUAAAGACUAUGAAGUAAUAUAAAAACUAUAAUAGCAACAAGAUUAAGAAGUUAUAUAUAAGUAUAUUUACAAUCUGACGAAGCUAUUUACAGCGUAAAUAAUGCCAAAAUUAGAAAUAAUGCCAAAAUUGCAGCAAAGCUAUAGAACUUCCAUGGAAAAUAAGUAGUUCACAGUGUGAUCCCAAAGCCCAAAGGGCUUCACCACAAUGCAGAACUUGGAGCCUUCCUCACACCACAGUUCCCAGUAGCCAAAGACAAAAGAUUCAUCUAUGAUGUUUUGUUUUAAUGGAAUCAAUAAUAUUUUUGAAGGACAGAGAUAUUUUCCAAAGUGAGAAGUGGAUUCAAUGAUAGAUGAAGCAACUUAUCCACAGUUCUAACUAUCUCCUCAUCCUAUUUCAUUGUUUCAGCUAGCAAUAAAGUAUCACUGAAACAAUGCUAAAUAGAAAACCUGCUAUGUUCCCUUACUAGUUAGUGUGAGGAGAAAACACCUGCCAGGUUCAGUCCUACAAAAAUGGUUUUAAUAUUAGGUCACAGAAUAGUCAAAGGUUUUAUGGCCUACUAUAAAACAGCUCUCUCUUUUUCCCACUAAUUCCCUGGUGUCACAUUUAACAAAAAGGAAACCACAGAUAAUAGAGGUAUUUGCUGAUUGGCCUCCAAGUCAUAAAUAACAUAGGGUUUUGCUCACCUACAAAUAUUAGGGCAGCUUGUCAAUGUUUAAGCCCCUUCUUCUUUGUAAGGGCUGCUAACAUUUUAACCCAGGUGAAUUGAGAAUAUUUUCCUUUUCUGUCUUCUCACAAUGACAGAGUACACAUAAGGUUCUGUUAUCAGAUCUAUGGCAUAAAGAGCAAGGCGGCACCUCCAUACUGCCUGUAGCUGUGAGCCCUUUCUCUGGAAGAUGCAGCUGCUCUAUGCCUUCCUCGUUCUGCUCCCUCUGGUCCCUGGGUUCAGGGCCGACUAUCCUGGAAGAUGCAGCUGUGAGUCCCCAAACUCAGUGCAAUGCUACAGACUCACUGGGGUGCCACCAGGGAUCCCGCCAACCACCACAAGGCUCUACAUCAGCCACAGCAAGAUCCAGCACCUCCAGCUGUCUAACCUCACAGCAGUGUUGGCUCUAGAAGAUUUCAUUCUGCUGGCCAGUGGAACAGAGUCUGUAGGAAGUGACACCUUCAAAACUCUGAGUACUUUAAAGACCUUAGAGCUUUGGAAAAAUAAGUUAAGACAGGUCCCUCGAGCUCCCCCAGCCAGCCUUGACGUGUUGAAACUAAACGAGAAUGCAAUCGGUACCCUGCGUGGGUCAGACUUCAAAGGUCUGAAGAGACUGAGAGUGCUCGAGCUGCAGAACAACCUGAUCUGCUCCCUGCCUGCCCGUGCGCUGGCCCCACUCGUCAGCUUGGAGAGCUUGGCUGUGGACAGCAACAACAUAGAGUCCAUAGCUGGGUCCCUGGCACUCUCCCACCUGAAGCACCUGAGCCUGGAGAAUAACAGGCUGCAUCUCGUCCCAGGCAGCUUCUUCAGUGCUCUGCAGGCUUUGGAGUCCCUCAGUUUCAGCGGUAACUUGCUGACUAAAAUUCCUGUUAGUCUACCGAAAUCCUUGUUGUCUUUGAAGGUGGAGAGAAAUCCGCUCAAAGUCGUGAGGUUCUGAGACCUGAAACACUUGGAGAACCUUUCUCACCUGUACCUGUCGGGGAACUGCAUCUCCUCCAUUGAGGGGGUGCAGCUCCUCGCCAACCUAACCACUCUCGAGGUGUCCCAAAAUCAGCUGCAGGCCCUGCCCCUCAGGCUGCCAGCAAGGCUACAGAAACUGGACUGCAGCGGCAACCUGAUUGGCAGAGUGACAGUGCAGGACUUCCAGGACUUCCAGGACGUGCGAGACCUGAGGCACUUAUUCCUGGACAACAAUAACGUCAGCCUGUUUGAAGCUGGAGCCCUUCAGUGGUGUGUGCAGCUGUCCAACCUGGCACUGGAACAGAACCUGCUGGGUUCCAUCCCACUGAGGCUCCCUGGCACCCUGGCCAGGCUGGACCAAGGGAACGCCAUCCAGGACAUGGCUGAGCAAAAGCUCCGUGGUCUCAAGCAGCUCCAGGUGCUCAACCUGCGCAAUAACAAGAUCUCGGCCCUGGAACUCAGGGCCCUCAAGGGGCUGCCAUGGCUCCGGCACUUCUACUUGGGGAACCCCUGGAACUGUACCUGUGGGUUGCUGCGGGUGCGGGAGCUGCUGCGCGCCAGCGGCACGGAUGUUCGGGGUGGGCGAUGCGCAGCGCCUGCAGAGCACAAGGGCGAGAGUUGGAUGUGGUCGCGCACGAUCGUGCAGCAGUGCCAGCCACUGCUGCGACCAGGUGCCGCUGGGCCAAGCACACACAAGGGUGAGGAUAAAGAAGUGGACGAGGACACUGCGGGGCUUGCUGAGGAGGAGGAUGAAGACUAUGAGGUCGAGUGACAGGUGAGUUCCAGGCCAUGAGCCUGGACACCAGGACUGUGCUGUGAGUAGGGUGGGUAGUUCCUUAGGGAAGAAAAAUAGAAACAUGGACCCACCCACGUGAGCUGUUUCCGGUUCUAAAGAUAUCUGUGUAUCCUGAAGCCUGUGCAAACAAAAAUGCCAGACAAAAUCACUGUGGCCCAUUUCCUGAAAAUGGGCCUGUGUUUGCCACUGAGAAGCCUUUGUGCAUCGCCAGGCUCUGGACCCUGAGCUCAGCUUGGAGAGCCUGGUAGGCGGGAUCGGGUAGGGGAGGAUCUUCAGAGUCCUUGGCAAGCUGAGGGACUGCCCCACCACUUGACAGUAUCCUAGGUAGGGUUGCCUAGGCCCAGGGCAGCAUAGGCUUGCGUCCACGGUCACCGGCCCUGUUCUUUGGGCCUUGCUGGCGGUGCACAGGUAAGCACUCAGCUAAUGCACUAGGAAAAGGGUGAACUAAGGCCCCAGUCACCAGUCAGGGAACUUCACUUCUUCCCAUUGCGUCCCAGGUGUCCCACCACCUCCCCUUCCCAGCUGGGAUGGGGCUCAAUCCCUAACAGGUGACCUCAGAGGACAGUGCUGCCCAGGCCGGUGCAGAGAAGGAGCAGAUGCCCCCUCAGGAUGAUGCUGUAGAGUGAGGCUCCUCCUGGCACCCUCCCUCUGGCCUCUGCUUACCCUAGAGAGGCCAGCUGGCCUAGCCCAACUCACAGGUUUGCCUCUUGGUUAGGGGACUGAGGUCUUAAGUGACAGUCUUACCAAGACCAGAGGGACACCAAAAGGGAAAUGUGAGUGGCACCUCAGACACCAGAUGUCACCGGGGCCUUCCUGCAGGGCUGUGCUUUGAGUUGCGUGCUGCCAGCCCUUGCUGUCCAUCGGCGGCGGAGGGUGUUCAGGGUGGCUGUGGAGGAGCUGUAGCUGUGGCAGAGUACAUUUCUAUCAAUCCACUGUGUGAGUAACUCAAAAUCCUAUCCAAAAUUUGUUUCUGUUUUCGUUAGUAAGGUUUGUCUACUGUAGUACUUAAUAUAUCAUUUUCCAUCAAAAUAUCACUAAUAGCAGACAAAGUAGACCAGGGGAGUGGACUGGCCAGGAUAGCCCCAGGAGAUAGAACUUUCCUCAGAAGGCCACGUUGCAGCUUAGCAUUUCAUGCAGACUUUGCGUUUCUUGCUGUCUGGACUUUCUUCCUUUGAACCUGACACUGCCUGGAGAAGAACCUGACUGUCCUGCGGUUCUCCCUCUCCCAGGCACGCAGACACAAACUCCCAAAUGCACAAAGCACAGAGAUGAGGAACAUUUAGAUGAUUUUGCGUGCAGUGUCAGCUUCUUUUAAUGUUUUAGAUCUACAGUUCUCUCUAAAAACAGACUAUGGAUGGGAGAUGUAUAAUAAUUUAUAGCCUCUGAUAUCACCUGAAUUUUUAUUUAUAAUCAGAAUUCCCCGGCUGUGAAGAUCUUGAGAAAGAAUAUGGUAAUUUUCAAAUGAAGUUCAGUGGUUUUGUUUUUCUUUGUUUUGUUUUGUUUUGUUUUUGAGACAAAACUUUACUUAGUCACUAAGCUGCCCAGCCUAGGCUUGAAUUUACGAUCUCCUGCCUCAGGCUCCCAGAGGGCUUGGAUUACAGGCGUGAGCCACCAUGUCUCUUGAAGGAGCUCAAUCUAAGACAGUGAAAUGAUUGACAGACUGCACAUUCAGGAACACAGAGCUGGAACUUGAUUGCAUCUGGGCUUUGGCUCCGUUUUUAGUUGUUUGUAUGUGUUUCUGGUGCUGUGUGUUGGGUGUUUUGUCUCAGCAGUAAGAUAAAGUAACUGAAACAAAUAACAUUCCAGUAAAACACCACAUUCAUCUGCUUGGAAAAAUGUAAUAAAAUACCACAGGCAGAUAUCUUAGGCAACUCAGAUGGGCCUAAGAUAGCUCAGUCCACAACUCAAGUGGGCCUUCCCAUCUACACUAUGAACUAUGCCAAACCAGUCAGUUUACAAAUUUAGUAAUUAUAUACCUUGGAUCCCAGUAUCACACACUUAAUCCUAGCAUCACUCUAGAUCCAGCCACCUCUGAAAAUCCCCACUUAUGUAUGACUGAGGCUGGGGGGGGGUUAGAUAAAAGUCAUAAAAUCCUAAAUAAGCUUAAUUGCCUCCUAUAUUAGCUUCCUGUCACUAGGACAAAAUAUCUGAUGCUCACAGCACACAAGAAGAGAAGUUUAUUUUGGUUCCCAGAUUUUAGUGGGUUCAGUUCAUGGUUAGCUGGCUCCAAGGCAGAAAUGCAUGGUGGAAAGGCCUGGAAGAGGACAGCUGCUCCCCAAAGGCAAGUGGAGAGGAGAGAGGAAAGGAGCUGGGGAGGAUAAUCACCCUUCUAGGUCAUGACCCCAGUGACUUGGGUCCUCCAACCAGGCCCCACCUCCUAAGAGAGCAUUCAACUAUGAACUUAUUUGUGGAUUAAUCAACUAAUAAGCAUAGCACCCCAUGAUCCAAUCACUUUUGAAAAAGCUUUGCUUUGGAAUGAGACUUUUGGAGGAUAGUUCAGACCUAAACCGUAACACUUCACUAAGGUCCUGUCUCCAAACAUUAUUACAUCCAGGCCUUAAACAUAGGAAUUUGGGGGAACACAAUUCAUUCCACAACAGCACCUAUCUAUUCAUCUAAAUUUCUGGUUCUUGAUUAACCUUAAUGAUUAAUUUACCAAAAGAAAAGGAAAAACAAAUAUAAAAGGAAAUUGUAAAGCUCAGUUAUGCAUUUCUACUUGUGACAAAUCUUAUUUUUCAUAAAAUCAGAUAAUUACCUAUUAACCUUGGAUAGCAGCAGGAGGUCAGAUUGGAAUGCAGGACAAGUGACUGGUGGAAUAAAGAUUGGAAUAUGGACAUUUCUUUGAGCCCCUAGAAGGUGGGUGUGAAUUGAAACUCCAUGCAAUUGGAAAGAGAAGGUGUCCUUGGCACCAGGUUCUAUUUGGUGCCUAAGAAAAAGAAUUGCUUGGGAACAGAUGUUUAAAAAUGAAAGAUCCACUUCCCAAGACAUAUUUUUCCCACAUUAAUUCUGUGUGUUUCCUCAUGUGUAAAAUGAUGACAGUAGAGCCCGGAGUGGGGGCUCACGCCUGUAAUCCCAGCACUUGGGAGGGUGAGGCAGGAGGAUCGUUGGUAGUUAGAGACCAGCCUAGGCUACAAAGAGAGCUCAGGCCAGCCUGGUACAGAGAGACUCUGUCUCAAAGAAACAAAAACAAAAAAAUGAUGACAGUAGUGCUGCAAUUACCACUAUAUGAAAGGAAAACAUUUUCCUCACACCCCCAUGACAGGUGAAUCUGUCCCUUUCCAGAUGGAGCUUUUUCUGCCCACCCCAAAUGCCAACACCCAGCCUGGCCAGGUGGAAAUAAGCCCUAGGGCUAUGCAGUGGGCUGCACAUAUCCUUCCUGAAGGUCCUUCUCUUUCUUCCAGGAACUCCUCACACUGCAAGUCACACCUGCCUUGACCCACAGGAGUCAGAACCAAGCUACUGCUUGGUCCUACCACGCUUGCUGCCUUUUAGCAAAUCAAACCUGUAGGGAGCUGUUGAAGCUGGAAACUGAUCACAUCUGGGUGGGCCAGUUGUGGAACAGAGUGCCCGUUGCAAACCACCUAAACAAGGUGCUCCAGCCCAGAAAACCACCAAGCCACUAGACAAUCCAAGCAAUGAGUUUCUAGGCAAUGGGGAUGAAAUUGGCAUCAUCCUCUUGAGUGUAUAAAUACAUGUGCUACAGUGGUUGAGCAGUCCCUUCUCUCCUAUCAGGAGAGGAAGGGCUCCACCUGACCUCAACUUUUCUCUCUUAUUUUCCCAUCCUCUUGCGGUCCUUCUCCCUAAGAAUCUCAAGAGCUGCGUGGGUUGUGGCACAAACCCGUGUUGAAACAUUUGUGUUGGUGGCUGCAAGGAUCUGAUCCUUCUCUGGUGCAAGACUUGUUCCUCUCUUAGUCUUGGGAAUGUCAUCCCUGUUUGGAACCCCAGUGAGAGUAAAUGACAUGAAUAAUCUGAAAGGAAGGCACUGUGCUCCUCUCAGGCACACACGCUGGGUUCCAGGGAAAGUACUGCUAUCAUGUAGGCUGGGAUUGUCAAGAGAGAUCAGUCUUAGCUUUUACUCAGAAUUGCUCGAAAUUUACCAGUGCUAGAAGGUUUCCCCACAAGGCUUACACAAGGUACAUGACAGCAGGAAAUGCAUACACUCACCUCCAUCUGGUGUGGGUUUUCUGUAACACUUUUGCAAAGAGUUUGCUGUCUCCAAGUGGGUUUAUUGGACCUAUGAGUCUCCAUUCUUACUUCAGGGGGAGAAAGCCCUUGGACUUACCGGUUAUUGGAAAAGAAAGUUUUCUUCCAGUUGAUCCCCAGAAAAACUCACCUUUCUCACGGCUGCUUUUUCCUUCUGCCAGUUCCUUGGGUCCCCUCAUCACACAGCACUUUGCACAUCAAGGCUUCGGCCCAUGAUCCUGGUCUCAGUCCUCAUAAAACAGACACUGGUUUGAGAGAGGGUCCAGGGACUCUUCUAUGCCUCUUACAUACAGAUCGUAUCCAUUUCCCAGCACCAAGGAACUGAAUUUAUACAUGCUCUAAAGCCCUAUUUUUUUAGGGUCAUGGUUCAUUUAUGUCAUUUAGUUAAUUAUUCUGCUCAGCUUGAUUUGCUUAAUUAUCUAUAUAUACAAAUGAAAUAAUUGCUUUAUCCAGAGCAGAUCUAGAUGUUCCUGCAGGGAAGGACAGGGAAAGAAUGGGAAAAUAAAAGUGGUGAAAGCUGAGGUCAGGUGGAGCCCCCUUCAGCCCCUUUGCUUUGCAACUUCAUGUGACUGCCUGAGCACCUCCUGUUCUUGGAGUUGGAACAGCUUGUUUACUUGGCUCUCCUGGAGAUCUCAUGUUCUCAGGGCUUGCUUUAGUCCUUUAGUGUUGAAGGAAAAACUCACAAAACAGAAUUCUGUAUCCAACAAAAUUUCCUUCAAAAUGAAGGUAAAUAUUGACUUUUUUAGACAAAAGUUGGAGAAUGUGUUACCUUGCAAAAGAUAGUGAUGGAAAUUUUUUCAGCGAAGCAACAUGCGAUCAAUUAGAAAUUCAGAUUAAUGCAAAGGAAAGAAGAGCAUUAGUACAAUAAAUAAGUGAAGGUAAAAUUAAUUCCUAAUUGACUUGGGGUAACAGUUUGCUAAAAAUGACAGUAACAGUGCAUCUGACCAUCCAGAUAUAUAUGAUUGUGUCUACACACAUUAUUACAUAUACAUAUGCAAAUCUAUAAGCUGAGACAUGGAGUGAGAAGGGAAGGAGGACCAUCUCAUUAUCAUAAUACAGCUGCAUUCUCUGAAGUGGUGCAGUGUCACUUGAAAGAAGAACAGGAUUAUUUAUAAAUAAUACUACAAAUUAAAGAAACAUAACGGCUGGAGAUUUAGCUCAGCGGUAUAAGCACCUGCCUGGCAAGCGUGGCAUCAUGAGUUUGAUCCCCAGUACAAAAAAAAAAAGAAGCAUAACUCACACUCACACUUUUUUUUUUUUUUUUCUUUUUAUGGGUACGGGGGAUUGAACUCAUGACCGCCUACUUGCAAGGCAGAUACUUAUGCCGCUGAGCUAAAUCCCCAGCCCUGCAUAACUCAUACUCUAAGAAAGCAGAGGAAAUGUACUGGAGUCUGUGCCUAGAUCCCCAAUCUCCCAAACGAGUGCAGAGUGAAGGCCCAAACAAAUGAGACAAGUGGUCUGAUCUUUAGGGCUCCAAGAGGACUAAAACCUUCUGCAGAGUUCUUUUUUUUUUUUUUUUUUUUUUUUGUAUUUUUACUGGUACCAGGGAUUGAACUCACGACCACACGCUUGCAAGGCAAGCACUAAUGCCACUGAGCUAAAUCCCCAGCCCCCUCUGCAGAGUUCUUAACUUUGCUGGCUGAGACAGUGUCUCUGGGCAGCCUGUAUUUAUUUAGUACUCAAACAAAGGAAGGGGUUAGAGUGAAAAAUGCAGGAAACCUGAGCAGGGCCUUGGGAGAGGUUCAAGGACCCCUCCAAGUAACAGACCUUGCUAAUGAAGGAUAAUUAGCCUAGAAGGAAAAGUCUAGGUGUCCUCAACUGUGGCCUAUCUUGCCCCCUGAGGCGUCUCCUCAUUCCCUGAAAGCCACACCUGGGCUGGGCCAUGCCACAGCCCUGCACAUGCAUUCAGCUUCAACAGAAGUGGAAUUAUAUAAAGUGCUCAGUUAACACCAAAAUAGGCAGGAAAAAAAAAAAAAUAGAAGACAAAAGUAGGAUCCAACAAUAUAGGCAAGAAAUAGAAAACAGUAGUAAGUAAGUAAGGUAGCUUGUGUCCAACUGUCUAUGUCAUGAAUCACUGUAAACGCUGGUUAUAUAAACACACAAACUGAGAGACAGAUUGUCAGCACAGAUUUAAACCAGUGACACAGGGCAGUGGCCCGAGGCUAGAAUCUGUUUCUGGAGGUUGACAUGUGAGGAUCCUUUGUGUCCAGGAGUUGAAAAUCAACCUGAGUAGAAAGCAAACCCUGUCUAAAGAAAAAAAAAAUAUAUCGCCUAAAGGUCCAACUAAAUGUUACCUGCAAAAAAAACUCACUUUACAUGUGAAGACACAUAUAAUCAAAAAGUCAUAAGAUGGAGAAAGAUACACCAUAUUAAAAGUAAUCAAAAUGAAUAGCUGUAUUAAUUUGGAUAAAGUCAACUUUUGCUUUUUUUUUUUUUUUUUUUUUUUUGAGAGGUCUUGCUAUGUAGUCUAGACUGCCCUCAAACUCACACAGUUAGGUGAAGCCAGUUUCUGAACAAAGCAAUUUAUUAGGGGCAAAUAUAGGCAAUAAUGACAAGGUUAAUUCUCCAGGAAGAUAUAAAAAUCCUUUAUUUGCAUGUACAUAAUAAGAGAACACCAAAAUAUAUGAGGUAAAAAUCAACAGAAAUGCAAGAAAAGAUGAAUUUAUUAUUAUAGUUGUACUCUUCCCACUCCUAACAGAUCCCAAAGGUGGAAGGAAAGUCAGCAAGCACAUGGCUGAACUCAUCAACACCCUCAGUCAGCUGAUCAGUGUAUCAGCUACUCAUCAGGCAACAGUGGAGCACACAUGCUUCUCAUAGCCACAUAGGAAAUUUAUUGUGGCAGGCAUUCUUGGCCCUAACAUACGUCUUAACUGAUGUAAAAUAAGAAAAAUGCCUACUCUCAGAUCAUAAGAAUUAACUUAGAAAUUAAUAACAGGAAGAUGCUUGGACAUUAAACAGCACAUUCUUCAAGAAGGAAACCUCAAGAGAAAGUAAAAAUGUUAUUGAAAAUAGAACUUGGGGCUGGGGAUUUAGCUCAGCGGCAUAAGCGCCUUCCUUGCAAGCAGGCAGUCGUGAGUUCGAUCCCUGGUACCGAUAAAAAUGAAAAAGACAAAAAAAGAAAGAAAAAGAAAAUAGAACUGAUCAAAAUAUGUAGAAGGUAGCCAAAACGUGAGUAUGUGAAGUUAUCACUGAAAGGGUUUUGGCCUAGACAGGGCGCUGUGGCCAGGAAAGCCUCAACUGGAAGCAGGAAGCCCCUAUCUCCCCUGCCCCUAGGAAUUUACCUGUGACGCCACCUUCCUGCCCCUGGAAAUUUACCUAUGGCGCCAAACCUAGGACCAAUGGGCUACCUGUGCAUCCCUAAUGCUUCCAUUAGGUUCCACCCCAAACCGAGGCUACUUAUGUGCCUCACUCCAUGUAUUCUGCCAGAGAGAUCAUGGAACACCAGCAGUUGGGGGGGUGCCGGUCAUCUCUCUCCGUGUUCUCAGAAUAAGGCCGCUUUUUGUUUUAUACUUCUCAUCUUUUGGAAAUACUUUUCAUCUUUUGGAAAUAAUCCUAUCAUCACUUACUGCAUAUACUAGAAAUGAAGAAAGAUCUAUAGUCAGUAAUCUAUGGUGCCACCUAAGAACUGUAAAAAGAAGAGCAAACUAAAUCCAAAGUAAAUAUGAGAAAAGAAAUAAUAAAUGUUAGUAAAAUCAAAUAUGGGAAAUUAGUAGAGAAAAUCAACAAAAACAAAAGCUGGUUUUUUGAUAAACCUCUGGCCAGGCUAAGAAAAACAAUGGAGAAGAAAAAAAUUACUAGAGUUGUAAUGAAAGAGAGGCCAUCACUACAGAUCCCAUGAUCACCAAAAGGUUAAUAAUGUGAUACUAUGAAAACUCUAUGCCUACAGAACAAUUUACAGACUAAAAGUAAAAAGAUGAAAUGGGCCAAGUCCUUCAAAGACGCACUGCUACAACUAAGAGAGGAAGGAAAAUCCAUUUGAAUUGGCCUGUAUCUAUUAAAGAAGUUGAAUUUAGUUAUGAAUAACUUUCCAAAACAGAAACUACUUGACCAGACAGGGUAUACUGGUGAAUUCUAACAGACAUUUAAGAAACAAAUUUUACCAAUUCUUUAUAGUCUUUUUCAGAAGAUAGAAGGAAUACAUCCUAACUCAUCCAAUGAGGCCAACAUUUUCCCUACGCCAAAAGCAAUAGGACAUUACAAAAAAAGAAAACUGCAUACUAGACUCGCAUGCUCAUGAACACAGAUGCAAAAAGCUCCAAGAAAACAUCAGUAAAUCAAAUUCAAUGGGACACAAGAAUACAUGGCAACUUAUUGGGAUUCAGCCGAGGUAGACAGGUUUGGUUCAAUAUUCAGAAGUCAACUAAUGGAACUCAUCAUAUCAAUGGGCAACUACAUAUUUAACAGUAAGAAAAUAUCACUAAAAAGAAACAAGGCGGGGGCUGGGAUUUAGCUCAGCGGCAUAAGCGCCUGCCUGGCAAGCAGGCAGUCAUGAGUUCGAUCCCUGGUACCGACAAAAAAGAAAAAGAAAAAAAAAAAAAGAAAAAAAAAAAAGAAACAAGGCAUGAACCCAUAAAGAGGCAUGAAUAGCCUUAUGACGCACAUCAGUAAUUGAAAGAAGGUGAUCCAAAUGGAAAGCUGCUUGCUCAGGAUUGCACCUAUCAGCACCUGGGAAAGGCAGAGCUGUGGAGACAGGAUCAGCGUCAGAGGUUGUCAGAGCCUUGCUGGAGAGCAGAGAUGAUUUUCAGGUCACAGAGCUAGUCUGUGUGACACUCCAUUGGUAAAAGCAUGGGUCGUACCUUUUUUGAAACCCAUAAAAUGUAGGACACAAGCCCCCCUGUAAACUGCCCACAGGGAGAUGGUGAUGUGUCAGUGGUUACUGAAAUUGUACUACACUGAUCAGGACCCUGAUAGUGGGAGAAGGCAUCUGGGGCAGUGGUUACCAGGAAACCAUAUGGCUUACCAUGUUUACGGCAGUGCGAGGGCAGGCUUGGGACCAUGUGUAGCCCCUAAAGUACACCUGACCACUAAACAUACCCAGGAGUGUGGGUCACCGAGCCCUGGGAAGCCCCAGUCCCAGACGUGGAGGUCAGCCUUGCUCUCCACAUGGCUCAUUUCUGCCUGAAAGCUGCAGGUGUGGAGCAGGCAUCAGUGAGCUCAGGCUGGGCUUCCUUGUCUGUUCAUUUCUUCAGUGAUUUUGCUCUGUACAGUCCAGAUGUCUCCUCCUGGCCUCCACAGAGAGGAUUAAAUAAGCAUAGAGCAUUUUGUAAUGGAAAAACAAGUCCAGUACCAUAUCCAUAAUGUUGGGGACUUGAUUGCAGUCUGAGGUUGCAUUUUCUUGAUAUUUUUCUGUCCUUGGUCAAAUUUGGGGGAGGGUUGAAAUUUAAAUGUUUUUAAGUUCAGACUUUAUAAACUGAACCCCUCACAUUGCUAAAGGACCACAUUUAUUCUUUUGAUGGGACAGCCUAAAGCACCUGUGAAGAUGUGGGCACCAUGGACAUUGGGGUAAGUGUGUCCACAAUGCAGUUUAGCUCUGCUGUCAUCCUGGAUUGUGGAAAGCGAUGGAUACUGACCUUACCACCUUGGAAGUGGUAAAAACUACACAGGCAAAGUGGGUUUGCCUUGCAUUGGUGAUGGCGUCCACCCCCUUGUUUGGUGAGGCAGAACCCUGGCACACAGGUUCUGGGAAGUGCACAUGUGACAGGCAGGCAGGAGGGGCCAGCAGAAGCCCAGACCCAGGAUGAGUCUGUGUCCCCACAACUCAGAAUGCUGCCAGUGAGGAUAGGGCCCCUCCUGUAUGUGUUUCAGUCCCACAGCAGCUGAAGGGCCUCCAAAGAGGCUGCUUGAUUCUCUGGGCCAAGUGCAGUGGUCCUGUCUCUGGUGGGAUUGGAGCAGAGCCAAGCCACAUUCCACAGAUUCCCCUGAAAACCGUGCGGGGGAGAGCUAUGUUAGUCCAGGGUCACAAAGAGACAAGUCCACCCAUACCCUGCUGUAGUUCGUUUUCUCUUUUUCUUCCUUUUCUUUCCUUGGCUCCUUCCCUCUCUCCUUCCUUCCUUCCCGUGCUGGGAACUGAACUCAGGGCUUGUUCAUGCAGGCUAAGGAUAAUAGCAGAGCUACUUCCUCAGCCCAUUCUUGGCCCUACUGCAAGGUGUGGAGGACAAGCAGCCCUAUUACCCACCCUCUAAGGAUAACUGUUACCCGGUUCUGCUUGUUCUAGGAGCACACACCCCUGGGGAGCGACGCAGGGGCUGUUAGAGGGACUGGCCUAUAGGGAUGUGGCCAGAAUCCUCGUGCUUCUGUUCUUCAUUCCAACAAGUGCGAAGAGCAGGCACCAGUGCGCGUCCCUUAUCUGUCACAGCGGCCCCGGGGACCCG